AUGACAGAUGUUACACAAGUUUCAAAACUAUGCUACAGAAAAACUGAUGUUUUUGUGCAUUUUCUUAUAAUAUUAUUUGGCAUUUCUGCUUGGAUUGGUGUCAAUGGAAUAUUUGUUCAAAUACCAGUACUUAUCAAUACUUCUCCAGAAGGUUGGACAUUACCAGCGUACUUAGUAUUAGCGACACAUUCUGCAAAUUUUGGUCCUUUAUUUUAUACAAUCUUGCAUGCCUUAGUAGGUUGCUUCAGCUCUGUUUUAUUUAUGCCAUACCUUCGCAAUUUUAGUGAAAAAUGUUUAACAUCCUAUUUUAUAGGAGAAGGAUUAAGUGGUGUACUGCCAAGUGUAGUUGCUUUAAUACAGGGAAUUGGAGAUACUUCGGAAUGUACAAUUCAUAAAAAUAAUAGUGAUGUAGAAUAUUCAGCUUCUUUUGAGUAUUCUUUAAUUCGAAACACAAAACAACUUCGUGGGACUAACAGUACAAUCUUCAGUAAAAAGCAGGCAAAUAUUUCUCGUUGUGAUCAUUAUCCUAAUGAUAUACAAAAAGUGAGUCAUUGUUGGAUGGAUUCUGGUAAGCAUCUUACUAAACAAACACGACAUUAUUUAUUUACAUUGCUUGCUAUUUUCUGCUUUUUAAGCAACGGUUUCUUUCCUAGCAUACAAUCUUACUCUUGCUUACCUUAUGGAAGUAUAGCAUAUAAAUUAUCAAUCACUUUUACUCAAUUUGCAAAUCCAUUUAUGUGUUUGUUAGCAUUCUGGUUAAAAGUAUCAAGUGUAAAAGUUAUUAAUUACUUAUCUGUAAUAUGUUUACUUACUGGAAGUUAUGUUACAUAUUUAGCAUUAAUGUCUCCAACUCCUCCCUUACAAGCAACUAAAUUUGGCAUUUUCCUAAUAUUUCUCUACAUCUGUUCCUUCCUAGAUGCAUCUACAUUAGUACAUAGCUUGAGUUUAGUGUGCAAACAAUUUUAUCAAAUCUUAAAUGACAACUCAUUGUGGAAAGCGAGAAUUAGUCAAAUUUGGCCUGAUACUGGUUACCCAAUCUUGCCUCCUGCUGAAGAUGAUGAACUAUUUUGGAAGUUAUCAUGCGUUGCAUUGGAAAAGCAAACAUCAUUAUGGAAAGAGGAAAGUUCUAUGAAGACAUUAUCACUUUGCAAUGUACAAUACAGUACCAUCGACAGCUUAUUGUUGAUGCAUGAUGGAAAUAUUUGUAUAUCAGGAGCUAGAGAUCGAUCUCUAGUGUGUUGGAAACUUUCUACAGAGCAAAAUUGCAAUGAAAACUAUACAUGUAUAGACUUUGCUCAUGAUGGCUGGAUUUGGGAUUUGGCAGCAAUAGAUAAUACAGUCUAUAGUUGCAGCUGGGAUCAAAGUGUCAAAGCAUGGACUCUCACUAACACCGGUCUCGUUCACUUCAGAACUUAUGAAAUGAUCGUCUCAGGUGCUUUAUUGUGUGUUGCAUCAUGUCCAGAAUUAGCUCUUUUUGCUACAGGGUCAUUUUGUAAAACUAUCUUAGUGUUUGAUCCAAGAUUGAAUUAUCAACCGAUUAUAAAGUAUCGACCACAUAAAAGAGCUGUCAUUAGACUGGCCAUGAGUUCUAAUUUUAUUUUAUCCGCUAGUGAGGAUAGAACAGUAUCUAUAUGGGAUCAAAGGGCAAACAGAACGAUGAAAAAUGUCACGAUUUCCCAGGAAUCAUUUCCUAUGAGUAUGUGUAUGCAGCGGGACAUAGUUUAUGUAGGGGAUGGUAAUGCAAAAUUGCAUAUACUUGAUCCAAAAAAAGAUUUUAAACCAGUCAAAUGUUACACUACUGAACAUAAAAAAGGUAUCAAUGGUGUUCAUGUUGGACCUGGCUGUCUAAUCACGAGUUCCAUGGACCAGACAGUUCGAAUUUCCAGCCCAACUGAUCCUCCACAACAUGUUACUACUUUAAAGUCUAGCUAUGGUGAAAUAGCUAGUAAUUGAAGGGGAAUCGAGACAGGAGACCGAUCGAUGUCACUGCUGUCGCCGGAAGUGCUCGUCUGCUAAGCACCGAAAACGUUCAAUUGUCUAUCUGGAUGGAUUACGCGAAAAUGGAAUAUCGUUGCGAAACGAUGUUAAAUAUCCAUCUAAUUGCCUCGAACAAUUAAUCGCUGAUCUGACAGUACGGCCUAGCGAAAAUUAA